CUGACCUUAGUCCAUCCAGAUCAAUAGGGAAGUGAGGGUGGAAAGAAGAAGAAGAGGAAGAAAUAAGGGGCGCAACCGGAUCGUUUACACUGGCUGUUCCCGAGGAAAUAUAGACUUCCCUUUGCCUGCACCUUUUGUUGCUCACAUGCUCACACUGUAAAAGUGGAUAUCGAGGCAAUUCCCUUGCUUUGUGUGAUUGCAGCAGACUUUUUUCCCCUCCUUUUCCUACCGCCAUGUCUUUCCCUCAGCUGGGAUAUCAGUACAUCCGACCGAUAUACCCGCCGGAGCGCCAGGGGAUCGCCAGCAAUGCCCGGGCCGGGACGGAGCUCAGUCCGUCCGGCGCACUCUCCAACGUCCUCUCCACUAUGUAUGGAUCUCCGUUCGCCGCAGCAGCGCAGGGCUAUGGAGCGUUUCUGCCCUACUCUAACGAUAUAUCCAUUUUCAAUCAGCUGGGUGCUCAGUAUGAACUGAAAGACAGUCCCGGUGUCCAGCACCCAGGGUUCGCUCACCAUCACCCUGCUUUUUAUCCAUAUGGCCAGUAUCAGUUCGGUGACCCGUCCAGACCCAAAAACGCCACCAGGGAGAGCACCAGCACCCUGAAGGCCUGGCUCAGCGAGCACCGCAAGAACCCCUACCCGACCAAGGGGGAGAAGAUCAUGUUGGCCAUCAUCACCAAAAUGACCCUCACCCAGGUGUCCACCUGGUUCGCCAACGCCAGGAGGAGGCUAAAGAAGGAGAACAAGAUGACCUGGGCCCCUCGGAACCGCACAGACGAAGAGGGGAAUGUUUACGGCAGCGAUCACGAAGGGGAGGAGGGGGACAAGAGGGAGGACGAGGAGGAGAUCGACUUGGAGAACAUCGACACGGAAAACAUUGAGAACAAGGACGACUUGGACGACCAGGACGACCUGCAUUCAGAUAUUAAACUAGACGGGAGGAGUGACUCGGAGAUUUCUGACGGCUAUGAGGAUUUACAAGGGCCCGACCAGAGGUUUCUAAAGGCUGUGGGGAAAGAGGGCAAAGACGUGGAGAGAGGAGGAGAGCACUUCCACAGUCACCACCACCACCACCACCAUCAUCAUUCUUUGGACACCAAAGCGUCCCAAGCGAACGGUGAGCAGCUCAAACUGAACCCGGUGUCCGUGAGCUCACCGCCCUCAGAAAACAACCCGGCCCCGGCCCAGAAGCCAAAGAUCUGGUCUUUGGCAGAGACAGCCACGGCCCCUGACAAUCCGCGCAAAUCACCACAACAAAUGAACGGCAGCAACUCAGCAGGGCCGGCCGCCCAGACCAUCAUCGCCCCUCACAGACUCAUCUCUUCUUGUCCCGUUGGGAAAAUCCAGAACUGGACGAACCGAGCCUUCUCGGCGCACCAGCUGGCUUUACUGAACUCCAAUCACUAUCUGGGACUGGCAAACCAGGCCACAGCCACCGGCCUGGCCCUCUACAGCAGCAGGCAAACGGAGGACAAGAGUCAUAGUUCAGAUACUUCAGUCACAGGUACAUGUCCCCGACACUGAGACGCGCAUGUAGAAAUAAGUACAAAACAAAGACACUAGUCCAUUGCCCUUCAUUCAUUUCUAUUAUUUUUAGUUUGCCUCUUCACGGGUUUCUCUCUCUCUAGGCCACACAGCUGAACAGUGUUACAAUGUUAGAGAAUACAGUGUGUGUG